UUUUUUUAAAAAAAAAAAGAGAAUGUCUGAACAAAAUUUUAAACUUCUUUGUAUGGGUAAUCCUUUAUUGGAUAUCCAAGUUCAGGGCGACGAUUCUUUACUUAAAAAAUAUGGACUUGAUCCUAAUGGAGCUAUUCUUGCCGAGGAAAAGCAUAAACCAUUGUAUGAAGAACUUCUUAAAUAUAAACCUGUUUACGUAGCAGGAGGUGCAGCUCAAAAUUCUGCUCGUGGUGCUCAGUAUUUAUUGCCACCUAAAACUACGGCCUAUUUCGGAUGUGUUGGAGAUGAUCAAUUUGCUGAAGAAAUGAGAAACGCAGCUACUAAUGAAGGCUUAACAGUUGAUUAUUUAGUCAAUAAAGAUUAUCCAACGGGAACUUGCGGUGUCAUUAUUACUGGUCAUAACAGAUCUUUGAUAGCAAAUUUAUCAGCCGCAGAACGUUAUAAUGAAUCAGAUCAUUUAAAUUUACCGCAAAAAUGGAAUAUUGUAGAAAACGCCGAGUGUUAUUAUAUUUCGGGAUUUUUUCUAGCUGUAUCACCUAGUUCUAUCUUAAAAAUUGCUAACCACGCAGCUGAAAAUAAUAAAACAUUAAUUAUGAAUAUAUCAGCAACAUAUAUAUGUCAAGCUUUUAAAAAGCCCAUGAGUGAAGUAGCUCCUUAUUGGGAUAUAAUUAUUGGUAAUGAAACCGAAGCUGAAGCAUUUGCUACCUCAGAAGGCUGGGAGACUAAAGAUCUAAAAGAAAUUGCUAUUAAAAUGGCACAAUUACCAAAAGUCAAUACAAAACGCCAACGUGUCGCAAUUAUUACUCAUGGGGCAAAAUCAACUAUCGUAGGGUAUCAAGAUGGCACAAUAAAGGAGUAUCCAAUUAUUCCAAUAGAAGAUAAAGAAAUAGAAGAUACCAAUGGAGCAGGUGAUGCUUUUGUUGGUGGAUUCUUAAGUCAAUACGUUCAAGGCAAAUCCAUCGACGAAUGUAUCAAUGCAGGCCAUUGGCUAGCUAAUAUUAAUAUUAAACUUGUUGGUCCAGCUUUUCCUAAAGAAAAAAUUCCCUACCCUGGGUUAGUUUAAAUAUGCACAUAUAAACUGUAUAUUUAGGUUUUUUAUUUAAAAAGAAGGCAAUAAAUAAUAAAUUCAUAUUUGUGAAAGAAAUUAAUGUCCAUCAAUUUUUAUUUAAGACGGAAUAUCAAAGCUUACAAAUUUGUAAAAUAUAUAAUGAAAGACAUAUUCUAAAUACUAUAUAGUACUAAUAUAAUUAUAUAUUAUUAUGUGUAUAUAUAUAUUUAAAAAUGCAAAGAAAUUUACAAUUGAAAUAAAUAAAUACCAGCUACUAAAUUUUGGUUAAAUUGUAUAAUUCUCCACUCGAAACCAA